UUUUUUUUCCCUCUUCCCUUCUGUUAUAGGCGCUCGGGAUCGGUGAACGCAGAAGAUCCGGAACUAAAUGAUCUCCUGCGCCCCAUAACCUCCGCCAUAUCCGUAAGCCUCGUCAUCGUGGGGAAAUCCAUUCGCUCCAGCUUGGCUUUUUUCUUCGAUGGGGCCCAUUCAGGACCCUUCUUUUUUUCCUUUCUCUUUUCCCUCUCUUCCUCUCCUCCUCCUCCUUGUUUCCUCUCUAUCGACUACGAUCCUCGCGGUAGACUCGUCCGGCUGGUCUGUGGUGCCGUCCAACAACUCCAGGGAUCUUUCGUGGGUAGGAAAAGCCAGAUUUCACCUGGAGAGCGCCCAGAUUCAGCUUCCGUCGGGCGUUAGCAUUACACCGUUGACAACGGCCUUGGUCAAUCUCGACCAGAGUGAACUGACGAACUUCAAGGUUACGGGUAACCUCGUGAAUGUGGACGAUACCAACUCCAUCUCAUUGAACACGAGUGAUAUUGCCCUGAUCAGUUGCGACCAAUCCGCCUAUCCCGGAAAUUUAGAUGCAAGUGAGACCGUUCGCAACGUCAUUACAUCAUCGCACCGUGCAUCGGCGAUUCUUUUGUACAGUUCCGAGGUGCAUCACUGUAAUUACACCGCAGGUCCCAACGCCAACGGAUACAUCAACGUUUUUACGUUAGUGAAUCCCACUCUCGCGAAGGUUGUCACCAAUCUCUCUCAUUCUUCCACGGGGAACGGUUCGACGAGCAUCAAACCCGACAUGUCAUUCACGAUGUCCGGGACGCCGCCCACCUCCGGGGAUUCCGGUGGGGCGACGGACAGCCCUAAUACUGCUAUGAUUAUUCUGUAUAGUAUUACAGGUAUCAUCACGGCGCUCUUUCUAGCCAUCAUCAUUACCGGCGCGGUCCGGGCUCAUCGUCACCCGGAACGGUACGGACCUCGAUAUACAGCGGGGCGUCCACGGCAAAGUCGAACGAAGGGGAUGGCAAGGGCGAUGUUGGAUACAAUUCCGAUUGUGAAGUUCGGUAAUCAACAGGAUCCGAAGCUGGAUGCCGUCAAGGGUGACGUGGAGAUGGGCUCUGAAGAUGAGACGGGUCGUCAGCCAGAUUCUACUCAAGAAACAACUACGGUGCACGAAACGAAUCCUCUGGCGACUCCUGCUUUGGCGGUGACGAACAAUACCACGACCGAGUCUACUACAGAACAACAAACGAAGCCGACGGAAUCCACGGAUCAUCCGAACUUUUCGUGCCCUAUCUGUACCGACGACUUUGUCAAGGGACAGGAUCUGCGUGUCCUCCCCUGCAACCACCAAUUCCACCCGGAGUGUAUUGACCCUUGGCUGGUAAACGUAUCGGGUACAUGUCCUCUUUGCCGGAUCGACCUCAAUCCCGCCCAACCCGAAGGCGAGAAUGAAAACCAAGAAGGCGAAAACAACACGGAGACACAACAAGAGGGCACAGCCGAACCAGCCGCAGAGGAAUCGCACCACCGACACCGCCGCCUAACCAGCUACCUGCAUGGACCGCUGAACGCGCGCCGGAUGCGUGAAGCCACCGUCGAAGAGCGCCUGGCCGCGCUGCGUAGCGUGCGCGAAGAAAACCGCAACAGCAUCGAGAAUGAAGAAGAACGACAGCGACGUGGUCGACUCACAUCACGCCUUCGUGACCGAUUCCGCAUUCGCACUCGACGCCACGGCGAUGACGGCGAGCAGCAGCCGUCCGCAUCAACAUCUACCUAGUACAUAAACCAGCCAUCUACAACUGUUUAUAUUAUGAUGGUACUUGUACAGUCGACUUUUGCGUUUAUUUUUGCUUGCAUGGUGGCCUUUUUUUCACAUUUAACAUUCUCACUCUCCUUCAUGUCCAUAUUUAUGUCUAUGAUUUACGAAGCACGGAACCACCAACGAAAGGCACGGCGAUACAGGCGUUAGGAAACAGGAUAUUUCACAAAAAGAAAGAACCGGAUUCAAGACUGGAUCGAUUUGAUUUUGAGGCAAUUGUACAUCUUGCACUGUAUAUCUUUUCUAUUUCACAAAUAGGUAUAUAUACAAAAUCCA